AUGCAAUCAUCCCACACUCGUUUGGGGCCACGGAGAGUGGGUGGUAGUAGUAGUGGUGACGGUGGCACCGUAGCCAUUGAAAACGCAACGGAUAGACACUGCGACCUGUCUUCAUCUUUCGAAACGGCAGUGUGUGACGAUCCACAAUCGUUCCUGGGAGGCACUUGGCAGGAUUUGAGAAGACCCGAACGCUCCAACUCUGUGCAAUCGUACUCCAACUCGUCAACGCAGGAAUCGAUGUGGAAACUGGAUCUGCUGGAGCAUGAUUCAGCGCAUGAGAGUUCGCAUGGUGCGUUUGAUGCGGUACUAGCUACCACACCGCCGUUGGAUAACUACGAUGUACAUGUUUCCAGGCCCAGUCCGAGACCCAAAUUUGUCAAGGCCAAUUCCUAUUCAGAAGGUGUUAAUGAUUUCGACGAGAUGUCACAUUAUUUAUCGUCUAGUGUGUCGUCAGCACACUCGCAUUUGCAUCCUAUGACAGCAGUCAGCCCGCAACGCCGCUGGCAAAAACGGGUGCCAAGUCAACCGAAACCUUCAUACGCACUACAGCAUCGAAGGGCCGUGCCCUUCCGCGAAACUCGGUAUUAUAACCGUUCAUUUCAACCAUAUGGGGUAGCCGCUCCACCCAACGAUCGUGCAUUACCGGUUGACUCUUACGAAGAGGAAAAUAUACAGGAUUUUCAAUUUGAAGAUCUUCGUUACACUCGUGGCUACUGCUAUGAAAAUGGCCCUAGUUAUGGUUUUCAAAAUGUACAAGUUAAUGAUCAAAAAACUCAGCAUUAUCUCCUCUCCCAACAUCCGGAUCUGGACGCUCAUCAGCACUGUCAGCACAACCAUCGUCAUCAGCACCAUUAUGCUCAUCAUCAUCAUCAGCAGCAGCAGCAGCAGUCGCACCAGAACCAGUACCCACAGCACUCUCGCCAUUGCCAAAGUCUCGAAGACCUUUCAAUUCCUAAUCUUCAGCCUCGGUCACAACUCACUUCCAAUGAGACAAUCGAAUAUGCACCAUGGCAGGUAACCCCCACCAGCAGUCUUUCAGACGUCCCAAGAGUGGAUUAUUUUGAAGAAAUAGCUGGCCCGUUAAAUUUGGAACUUAACGAAAGGUUUCAGCAGCCUUUGGGUAUGGACUCCAGUCCUCCUCCGUCAACACAAUCUAGUUCAAACUCGGCACUAUUCCCGGAUCCUAUAGCCACUGGACCAGACCCAAUCACCGAUCAUGACUCCGAUAACGACAUAACUGUAAUAGUAGACGGUUCGGAUCUGGAGAGUCGGUUUCAUGAGUCCUUCAACAGUUCUCCACAAAAAAGCUCUAGUUCAAAACACGAAUCUGUGUAUGAACAGCUCAUAAACGACAAGCCCCUUAUGGAGGCACUUUCGAAACGUGUCAAGCGAGGUUAUUAUCGAUGCGCUCAUUGUCCCAAAAUGUUCUCGAGCCUUCUGGAUUACGCCAAGCAUAUCGAUGAGUUCCAGAUCCAGCGCGACUACAAAUGUCCUUUCGUGCUCUGCCCAUGGAAAAUAUUGGGUUUGCCUAGACGCCCGGAACUUCGCCGUCAUUGUGCAAUACAGCACAAGAUGGAGAUACCACCAGAGCUCAAAUCAUCACUAAAAUUAGGUGAAUCAGAUUUUCCCAUAAUGGAGUGUCCUUCGCCAUACUGUGACAAGACUUUUUUCCGCCGCGACUCUUACGCUCGCCAUGUUGCUAUGGUGCACGACAAGGUAGAUAGUCGUUUUAACAAACGCUUGAACAAAAUAUUAGAAGACAGUCCUUACUCAGUGGGUACUCAACAACACAUCGACUACGUCUCAGAGGAGUUGACUAAAACUAAAAGAGGACUCAAGCCCUGA